CGCGGGCAGCUGGCGCCGCUCGGUCCCGCUCCGGCGCACGGGCGCACGGGCGCACGGGCGGGUCGACGGCCGGAGGGACCCGGCGAGCGCUGCCCGCGGGCUGCAGUCCGAAGUGGGAGCCGCACUCAACUCCGGAGCGGCGCCCACCUCCUGCGGGAGCCGGGCCGUGGGGGACAGCAUGUCCGCGCGCGCCUCCUGAGGACGCUGCGGCCUCCGCCCCCGCCAUGGGCGCCCCGGCCUGCGCCCUCGCACUGUGCGUGGCCGCGGCGGUUGUGGCGGGCGUCGCCUCGGAGCCCCCGGGCACAGAGCAGCGCGUCGUGCCGGGAGCGGCAGAGGUCCCAGGGCCUGAGCCUGGCCAGCAGGAGCAGCUGGUCUUUGGGAGUGGGGACACCAUGGAGCUGAGCUGUGACCCACCCGGAGGUGGUCCUGUGGGUCCCACGAUUUGGGUCAAGGAUGGCUCGGGACUGGUGUCCUCAGGCCGUGUCCUGGUGGGGCCCCAGCAGCUGCAGGUGCUAAAUGCCUCUCAUGAAGACACUGGGGCCUACAGUUGCCGGCAGCGGCUCACACAGCGCGUGCUGUGCCACUUCAGUGUGCGUGUGACAGAUGCUCCAUCCUCUGGAGACGAUGAAGACGGGGAGGAUGUGGCUGAGGACACAGGGGCCCCUUACUGGACUCGGCCAGAGCGGAUGGACAAGAAACUGCUGGCAGUGCCGGCUGCCAACACGGUUCGCUUCCGCUGCCCAGCUGCUGGCAACCCCACUCCUUCCAUCUCCUGGCUGAAGAACGGCAAGGAGUUCCGAGGGGAGCAUCGCAUUGGGGGCAUCAAGCUGCGUCAUCAGCAGUGGAGCCUGGUCAUGGAGAGCGUGGUGCCCUCCGACCGCGGCAACUACACCUGCGUGGUGGAGAACAAGUUUGGCAGCAUCCGGCAGACGUACACUCUGGACGUGCUGGAGCGCUCCCCGCACCGGCCCAUCCUGCAGGCGGGGCUGCCAGCCAACCAGACAGCCGUGCUGGGCAGCGACGUGGAGUUCCACUGCAAGGUGUACAGUGACGCACAGCCCCACAUCCAGUGGCUCAAGCACGUGGAGGUGAAUGGCAGCAAGGUGGGCCCUGACGGCACGCCCUACGUCACCGUGCUCAAGUCCUGGAUCAGUGAGAAUGUGGAGGCGGACGCGCGCCUCCGCCUGGCCAAUGUGUCGGAGAGGGACGGGGGCGAGUACCUCUGUCGAGCCACCAAUUUCAUAGGCGUGGCCGAGAAGGCCUUUUGGCUGCGUGUUCAUGGGCCCCGAGCAGCGGAGGAGGAGCUGGCGGAGGCGGACGAGGCUGGCAGCGUGUAUGCAGGCGUCCUCAGCUACGGGGUGGGCUUCUUCCUCUUCAUCCUGCUGGUGGCAGCCGUAACGCUGUGCCGCCUGCGCAGCCCUCCCAAGAAGGGCCUGGGCUCCCCCACUGUGCACACGGUCUCCCGCUUCCCGCUCAAGCGACAGCAGGUGUCCUUGGAGUCCAACUCGUCCAUGAACUCCAACACACCGCUGGUCCGCAUUGCCCGGCUGUCCUCGGGAGAAGGUCCCACGCUGGCUAAUGUUUCUGAGCUUGAGUUACCUGCCGACCCCAAAUGGGAGCUGUCCCGGGCCCGACUGACCUUGGGCAAGCCUCUUGGAGAGGGCUGCUUUGGCCAGGUGGUCAUGGCAGAGGCCAUUGGCAUCGACAAGGACCGUGCUGCCAGACCUGUCACAGUGGCGGUGAAAAUGCUGAAAGACGAUGCCACUGACAAGGACCUGUCGGACCUGGUGUCGGAGAUGGAGAUGAUGAAGAUGAUUGGGAGGCACAAGAACAUCAUCAACCUGCUGGGGGCCUGCACGCAGGGCGGGCCUCUGUACGUGCUGGUGGAGUACGCGGCCAAGGGCAACCUGAGGGAGUACCUUCGGGCGCGGAGGCCGCCGGGCAUGGACUACUCCUUCCACACCUGCAGGCUGCCUGAGGAACAGCUCACCUUCAAGGACCUGGUGUCAUGUGCCUACCAGGUGGCUCGGGGCAUGGAGUAUCUGGCAUCCCAGAAGUGCAUCCACAGGGACCUGGCUGCCCGCAACGUGCUGGUGACUGAGGACAAUGUGAUGAAGAUAGCCGACUUUGGCCUGGCCCGUGAUGUGCACAACCUCGACUACUAUAAGAAGACCACCAACGGCCGGCUGCCGGUGAAGUGGAUGGCCCCCGAAGCCCUGUUUGAUCGGGUCUACACCCACCAGAGUGAUGUCUGGUCCUUUGGGGUCCUGCUCUGGGAGAUCUUCACCCUGGGGGGCUCGCCAUACCCCGGCAUACCCGUGGAGGAGCUUUUCAAGCUGCUGAAGGAGGGCCACCGCAUGGACAGGCCAGCCAACUGCACACACGACCUGUACAUGAUCAUGCGUGAGUGCUGGCACGCAGUGCCCUCCCAGAGGCCUACCUUCAAACAACUGGUUGAAGACCUGGACCGCAUCCUCACCGUGACGUCCACUGAUGAGUACCUGGACUUGUCAGUGCCCUUUGAGCAGUACUCACCAGGUGGCCAAGACACCCCCAGUUCCAGCUCCUCAGGGGACGACUCUGUGUUUACCCAUGACCUGCUGCCCCCGGCCCCACCCAGCAAUGUGGGCCCUCGGACGUGAAGGGCCCUUGGCCCUUAGGCCAAGCCCCAUCAAUGUGAGAGUGGAUCCCAGCCUACAGUGCUGCUGCUGGUAUACAGUGGACCCGGGCCCAAACCCAGGAUGGAUGGGCAGAUGGACAUAGAUGUUCGUGUGUGUGUGUGUGUGUGUGUGUGUGUGUGUGUGUGUGUGUGUGUCUGGCGGCCCCCGGGUGCAGAGGUCUCCUGGGGCCUGCGCUGCUAUACAGUGAUCUCCUGACUCACCACUGCCAGGAGCACCAAGGGACCCUUGUUUUGGGGGACCAAAUAUGGAAUGUAAGAGUGCCUGGUCCUUCACCACCACCCCAUAAGAAGCAUCACAGGCCAGGCUGGACCCAGUGUCCACAGUGGGCCUCAGGCCCUCCAGUGCCCAAAGCUGAGCUGCGGGGAUGCCCUCUGUGGCAAGGCUCCGGAGUGGCACCUUGUGCCUGGGGGUGAGUGGCAGCUUCCCCACCUCCAGGCCUCCCCACUUCCCACCCUGCCCCUCUAAGACUGAAAUUACGGGUAUCCGAAGGUGGGAGCCUCUGCCUUCUAUCCGAAAGUUUUAUUCCAGAAAUGAGUGUACAUUUAUAUAAAUAGAUGCUGUGUAUAUGAUAUAAAUACAUCCAUACCUGUAAGAGUAUCUGUGUGGAGGGAAGGAAUGCUGCGGGGUACAGGGGGCGUUGCCUGAUGGGGGAGGCCCCUUGAGGCUUGUUCGGGAGGCAGAUGCAACACAGGGGAGCAGCAGGCUUUUCUGGCACCGCAGUUUUGUUUUAAAAAUUGUACUUGGACCCUGUAUAUUUGUAAAGCUAUUUAUCAACCCCCAGAACCCUUGCACCCCACCCAUGUUCACAGCAUUUAGCCAGCACGUGGCAGAGAGUAAAGUCUUAACUUAUUAACAGCCAUGGCUUAGCCAAGUUACCAGGCUGCAGAAGCACCUGCAGCUGCACCGGAGGCUGAGCCUCGACGGCAGUCGGCCAGAGGGCCUCCUUGAGCUCGUGUUUCCUCUGGCCUCCUUUGCAGGGGAACUAGCUUUCUAUAGGGGCUUUCUCUAGGAGAUUUAUUUUUUGUACUUCAAAGCGAGCUGGUAUUUUCAUACAGAUUCCUAUUGCUGCAUGUUCCAGGUGGGGGCCACGCCUGGGGGGGAGGGGCUGGCCCUGCUUGCAGGUUCAGAUGUUAUUAGAUGCUACAGGUUUAUAUAUAUCUAUAUAUGUAAUUUAUUGAGUUUUUACAAGAUGUAUCUGCUGUAGACUUAACACUUCUUACGCAACGCUUCUAGAAUUUUACAGCCUGGACUGCUACCUUUCAGAACUUAGGGGAGAGAAAGCCGUGAAUUCAGUUCUGUUACUUUGUGUACCGUUAAUGGGCCCUAAGCUUGGGUGGCUGCCUCUUGCUGGUCGCUGGUGGCUCAGGGCCUGCUGCAGUGGCCAGAGGUGUGGCUCAUACUGGGGAGUGAUUGUCAACCAGCAGAUGUACUUUCCGGACAAUAAAGAGAAAGGCCUGGUCCUA